AUAAUAUAGCAGAGUGAAAUAUUAGAGGGAGAAGGAGAAGUAGAAAAGCAAGGGAGUGGUGCUUUUGUUGCCAACUGUCAAGUAAUGAAAAGGAGAGAGUGAGAGUGAUGAUGAAAAUGGUAGAAGAAGAUUAGGACUGAAUCAAUGCUAUGAUAUGAAGAAGAUAACAGAUGCCAUUUAAUGAGCUUUCAUUAACUACUAUUUACCAUUACUCACUCUUCUCUCCCAACCCAAAAAGAAAGGCUGUAGUGUCAGUUUUGGCGUGCUUAACACUCACCAAUGUCCUGAAUGUGCUUGCUUUCCUUUCCUUUCCUUUCCCUUCCUUCUGAAAUUGAAUGUUCUGCUACUUACUUUCUUACCAAAAAUUAAUGAGCAAAAUGCAUUAGGAAUGGUGUGGCAAACCAGCCAAAAAAGUGGUAACAUUGAAGCUUGCAAGGUUUUCAAACUUCAACGGUAAAAGAGAAAAAAGAAAAGAAAGAAAAGGAGUGGCUUAAAAAAAUAAAUCAUUGUUGCAAGUAUAAGAAGAUAGGUAGAUAGAUAGAUAGAUAUAUACGUGUUGGAUUUGGAACUUGUAGCUUUAGAGGCACUAGAUGAUGGUGUUGGUGUUGUGAAUCUUGGAAGUGGCUUUAAAAAAAGGAAGAAAAGGGAACAGAGGAAUCAGAAAGUGAAAAGGAUAAAAGAAAUUAUGGGAAAGUGAGGUGGAGUCAGAUUUGUGUGUGUGGUGUGUGUCUGAUUUGAGAAUUGUUUAGUGAGACUAGUCUGUUGGCUAUGUCCCCUGAGCUGACUCGGUGCGCCCGGACUCCGUGGGCUUUGCCGGCGACCAAGGAAACAAACUCUUACUGCCUUCUCUUCCCAUUUAAGAGAACCUUUACUUAAAAAAUUGGACAAUCCCCAUCUUAGAACAUUUUCUUAUAUAUAUAAUUAUAUAUCACUCUCUCUUUGAUUCAGCUUCUGCCUUUGUUUGCUGUCAAGAUUCGGUCACACUCCUUUGGUAUUUAAGCUGUUCCUCCACAUACCAUUUCUUUAUUACUCACUGAAAACCAAGAACCUUGGAUGCAUAUCUCACUCUUUUGAUUGGUGGAGAGUGGUCUUUUUCUUCUUUGAGUUGUCAUCUUCAGAGAGGAAGCAGAUCUUAUAUUGUUAAAGAUGAAGUUCAUGAAACUUGGUUCUAAGCCAGAUACCUUUCAGACUGAUGGGAACAAUGUCAGGUAUGUGGCCAGUGAGUUGGUAUCAGAUAUCAUUGUUAGUGUUGGGGAUGUAAAGUUUUAUUUACAUAAGUUCCCUCUUCUAUCAAAGAGUGCUCGCUUACAGAAGAUGAUCUCCCUCAGUAAUGAAGAAAAUGUAGAUGAUGUCCAAAUUGGUGACAUUCCGGGAGGCGCAAGUGCCUUCGAGAUAUGUGCUAAGUUCUGCUAUGGGAUGACUGUUACCCUGAAUGCUUACAAUGUAAUAGCAACUCGGUGUGCAGCAGAGUACCUUGGAAUGCAUGAGACAAUUGAGAAAGGAAACCUCAUUUACAAGAUUGAUGUUUUCCUUAGCUCUAGCAUUUUCCGUAGUUGGAAGGAUUCGAUCAUACUUCUUCAGACUUCAAAGUCUAUGCUACCAUUGGCUGAGGACUUAAAGGUGGUGAGCCAUUGCAUUGAAUCUAUAGCCAACAAGGCAUGUGUUGAUGUAUCAAAAGUUGACUGGUCUUACUCCUACAACCGGAGAAAGCUUCCGGAGGAAAAUGGAAUCGAUUCAGAUCCGAACGAAAUCAGAACUCGGCUAGUACCAAAAGACUGGUGGGUUGAAGAUCUAUGUGAGCUUGAAGUUGAUUUGUACAAGUCUGUAAUUACAAGUAUUAAAAGCAAGGGAGUUCAGCCUAAUGAGGUAAUUGGUGAAGCUUUGAAAGCUUAUGCUUACAGAAGAUUACCAAGUUUCACCAAGGGAAUGAUCCCCUGUGGAGACAUAUCAAAGCAACGGCUAAUAGUCGAAACAAUCCUAUGGUUGUUACCUACUGAGAAAGGCAGCAUCUCUUGUAGGUUCUUACUCAAGUUGUUAAAAGCUGCCAUUUUCGUAGAGUUAGGAGAUAAGGCUAAAGAAGAGCUUGUAAGGAGAAUUGGGCAGCAACUGGAGGAGGCUUCUGUUAGUGAUAUUUUGAUUCGAGCACCGGAUAGAGAAACUACAAUCUAUGAUGUCAGUAUAGUCCAGAAAAUUUUAAGAGAGUUCUUCAUGAAAAAUCACAACACUGAGAUUGAAUCAAUAGGUGCUGGUGAGCUUGUGGGGAUAAGAAAUCCCGGGAUUUUAUCUGAUGCUUCCAAGCUUAUGGUUGCAAAACUCAUAGAUGGAUACCUUGCCGAAGUUGCAAAGGAUCCCAAUUUACCUUUGUCAGAUUUUGUUGAUCUUGCUGAUCUAGUGUCGAGCAUCUCUCGUCCUACUCACGAUGGCCUUUACAGGGCCAUCGACACGUAUCUUAAGGAGCACCCUGGGAUCAGCAAAGGUGACAAAAAGAGGAUUUGCAAACUAAUGGAUUGCAGAAAACUGUCUGUUGAUGCCUGCAUGCAUGCAGUGCAAAAUGAGAGGCUACCAUUGAGAGUUGUUGUGCAGGUACUUUACUUUGAGCAGGUAAGGAGUGCUGCAUCAUCCGGUACCAGCACGCCCGACAUACCUAAAGGACACAAGGAUUUGAGCAAUGUAUCUAAUGCUAGCUCGAGGUCCGGGACAACCAAUCCGGAAGACGAAUUGGAUGCUGUGGCCACAGCUGAGGAGCUGAAGGCCUUAAGAAGGGAACUUGCAUCAUUGAGGAUGAGCAAUGGUAAUGGUGGUGGUGGUAAUGAGAAAGAUGUAGAUAUCAAACCAAACAUGGACAAAGCUGUGAUUGGAAAGAUGAAAGGGUUGCUCAGGUCAAAGAAGUCAUUCAUAAAGAAAUGGGCCAGCAAAGGAGGACAAGGUGAAAAUAGUGGCUCUGAUUCAUCAGAUAGUAUUGGUUCUGCUAAUCCAGAAGAAGUUAAAUCCACUCCAUCCAGAAAUAGGAGGCAUUCAGUUUCAUGAAAUUAAGUUUGGUUUAUUUUCUUUGUUUUUGUUUGUUUCUUUUGCUUAGUUUCUUAUGCCAAACAAACAUGACCCCAACACUAAGGUACAUAUAGUUUAAAAAUAGCAGAAUUGUGUAGAUUGGAAAAUCAUGUAACCAUGACAUCAUUAUCCUAUCAAAUUGAAAGUAGCUAUAUUAUUUAAUU